UCCCACGUCCGAGCUCGGAGCUUUCUUGCAAAACCCAGCAGAACCGAGAAUCUGCAAAUAGAGAUCCAAAUUGGAUUUCUUUUCUUCUUUUUCUUUUUUCUUUAAAAGUCAUUUAUUAAGAGUUUAGAGAGAAAAUGUUGGGAGUGUUCAGCAGCUCGAUAGUGUCGCCGCCGGAGGAGCUGGUUGCAGCCGGAUGCCGGACUCCAUCGCCAAAAAUCACGUCGACGGCCCUCUUGAACCGCUUCCUUGAGACCAGAGCCUCCUCUGUGUCUGUAAAAGUCGGAGACGAUGUCCAUCUGGCUUACACUCACCACAACGAGUCCGCCUUACGCCCCAGAUCAUUUGCAGUGAAGGAUGAGAUCUUCUGCUUGUUUGAGGGAGCACUUGACAACUUGGGAAGUCUGAGGCAGCAAUAUGGACUUGCUAAGUCAGCAAAUGAGGUGAUUUUGGUCAUUGAGGCUUACAAGGCUCUCCGUGACCGUGCACCAUACCCUCCCAGCCAUAUGGUUGGCCAUCUAGAAGGAAAUUUCGCUUUCAUUGUCUAUGACAAGGUCACUUCCACCUUGUUUGUGGCUUCUGAUCAAUAUGGCAAGGUCCCUCUCUCUUGGGGAAUCACUGCUGAUGGAUAUGUGGCCUUUGCUGAUGAUGCUGAAUUACUCAAAGGAGCCUGUGGCAAGUCCCUUGCUUCUUUCCCUCAAGGUUGUUUCUUCUCCACUGCGGUUGGAGAACUAAGGAGCUUUGAGAAUCCCAAGAACAAGAUCACUGCAGUUCCAGCCAGUGAGGAGGAGAUAUGGGGUGCUACGUUUAAGGUAAGAUGAUUUUUUUACUGCUAAUUUGCAUAAAAACCGUAUUAUUUAUAUCAGUGUGCGGUGUAUACUAAGUAGGAUUGAAAUUGGUGAAACUAGAGAUUCUAGAAGUCUUCACCAAGGCAAAAUAUUUUAUAACCAAUUGUCAAUUCCAAAGGUUUAGGUACUUGGUUUAGUGUAAAGUAAGAAACAAAGUAGCAGCAGGCAUGAAUGUUGUUGCUCUUUGUUUUGUCAUGUUUUUGGUGGCAAGGCACCAUCAACUGUCCAUUUCAAGAUUUCAACCACCUCUAAAGAAUUCACUUCAAGCCACAUAUUAUCUGUCUUAUUAUUGCUGAAUUGUGUUGCCUUUCUUUGGUGGUUUUGGAAUUUUCAGGUGGAAGGGCCAGCACUUUUUGCAGCCACAAAGUAGAUCUUUCUUCUCCUCCUUGUAUCUCGAAACCCAUCCACAGAAUGAAAGAGGUUUUAAGUGGUUGCAAAUGCAGGGGAACCAAUGUGAAUAUCUGAAUGAGUAUGUAACUGUUUGUAGAAUGGACAAAUGAAAAAAAAAAAAAGCAGCAACUUGGUUUUGUAGAUACCUUUAUGUUUUUAGGAAACUUGUUGUCAGAAUAAGUCUGUGAUCUUUUCUUCAUCCAUUGUGCAGCUCCAACUUCUAGUUUAAUGAAAGUUGUCUCAGCGUCUGAAAUCUGUUAUAAUGAAAUCCCUUUAUUCCU